AUGACCCAGAUCUACCCAACACCAGAGGCAACAGUGACCCAGGUCUACCCUACACCCAGAGGCAACAGUGACCCAGAUCUACCCUACACCAGAGGCAACAGUGACCCAGGUCUACCCUACACCAGAGGCAACAGUGACCCAGAUCUACCCUACACCAGAGGCAACAGUGACCCGGGUCUGCCCUACACCAGAGGCAACAGUGACCCAGAUCUACCCUACACCAGAGGCAACAGUGACCCAGAUCUACCCUACACCAGAGGCAACAGUGAGCCAGGUCUACCCUACACCAGAGGCAACAGUGACCCAGGUCUACCCUACACCAGAGGCAACAGUGACCCAGGUCUACCCUACACCAGAGGCAACAGUGACCCAAGUCUACCCUACACCAGAGGUAACAGUGACCCAGGUCUGCCCUACACCAGAGGUAACAGUGACCCAGGUCUGCCCUACACCAGAGGUAACAGUGACCCAGGUCUACCCUACACCAGAGGCAACAGUGACCCAGAUCUACCCUACACCAGAGGCAACAGUGACCCAGAUCUACCCUACACCAGAGCCCUGAUGAAGGAGACAUGUUUCGAAAUCUUACAAAUUAUUAAAGAAAAACGUUCGCCACCUCGACUCUGUUAUUCUGAUAACAUUGAAAUUUCUCAGAGAAAAACUUCUAUCAAAACCUGGCCAAGCCCGCCUCACGACCCCCAGUGGCCAAGCCAUGGCUCACGACCCCCAGUGGCCAAGCCCGCCUCACGACCCCCAGUGGCCAAGCCAUGGCUCACGACCCCCAGUGGCCAAGCCCGCCUCACGACCCCCAGUGGCCAAGCCAUGGCUCACGACCCCCAGUGGCCAAGCCAUGGCUCACGACCCCCAGUGGCCAAGCCUGGCUCACGACCCCCAGUGGCCAAGCCUCGCUCACGACCCCCAGUGGCCAAGCCUCGCUCACGACCCCCAGUGGCCAAGCCUCGCUCACGACCCCCAGUGGCCAAGCCUCGCUCACGACCCCCAGUGGCCAAGCCUCGCUCACGACCCCCAGUGGCCAAGCCAUGGCUCACGAGCCCCAGAUAA